AUGAAUAUUUCAAGAAAUUUCAAUCUGAAAACUUAUUUAUUUCGACAUUCUAAUUAUAUCAAACUUGUUGCCUCUAUCUGUCAAACUAAAAUUUGUCAUCAGUCUCUUGGCCAUUGGUGGCUGUUAGGUGAGAAAGAUAAUGUAAAUAGCUACAAACCCAUCACAAUUACCUCUUGCAUCUCAAAAGUGUUAGAAAAAGUUAUGUAUGACAAUCUUAUGAAAUUUAUAAAUCAAAAUAACAUCCCAUCUAAUGAACAACAUCGAUUCAGAAAUAAGAGGUCAAUGACAACUGCUAUUUAUGAGUGCAUCAAUUCCACCCUAAACUCAAUGGACAAAAAACAGGAAACAGUAGGAGUAAUUAUUGACCUGUCAAAGGCUUUUGACAUGGUGGGUCAUAAAAUUCUGCUAUCAAAGCGCGAAAGAUAUAGUAUUCGACUACUGCCCAACAACUGA